AUGAAAUCUCAUUCAAAGAAAUACCAAGUAACAAAUAAUUUAGAUGCUGACAAUGAAUUAUAUCCUCAAUCACAAAUUUAGAGUUCCAAUAAUGAUUAGUAAACUCAACUGAACAGUCAAGAAGAAAAUAACCCUGAUAUGAUUGAAACUGAAGAUAUAAACUUUAAUCCAAAUAACUCCAAUAAACCAACAAAUAGUUCUUAUAAAAUUCAAACAAUAAACUUAGAGAAUAACAAUCUAGGUGAAAAUACUUCGCAAUAGACUUCAACAAUUAAAAAAAAUAUCAAUAGCAACAAUUAGAAUUCUAUUAUAGAAACAACCUAUUAGCAAGAUAAAUUCAUAAAUGGUGCAAUAAUUGCAAUUAGGUCUCAAAAUCUAGCUGUUAAGUAUAUUGUUGACCAUAUUAAGGAAAUAACAGACAGAAAUUUGUCUGAAGCUUAUGUAAGAAAGAUAUGGGAUCAUUGGCUUAAAUACAAAGAUAUUUACUUCUCUUCAACACAUAAAACAAGACUCUACACAAAGCAUGAAGCCAUUCAACUUUAUGAUGCUAUUUUUAAGCAAUAUAAUCCAACUAACUAAUCUUAAAGUAUUAUCCCUAAAAUCAAAGAAGUAUUGUAAAAACAUGCUAUAACAAAAAAAUUGUUUAUCAACUACUCACAAUUCGAAGAAGUCAAAGGACUAGAUACUGAAGAAACAUAUCUCUCAAUUAAAGAAGCUAUAGACUCAGGUUAGUAAUCUGAUGAGCCAAAAUGGAUUGAUGUCAGUGUAAGAAUGAUGAUUUCAGCAAGCUAGUUUGAAUACAAGAAACAGAUUGAAAUUCAAUGUUUUAAUAAACUUAAAAAUUAUUUGCAAUUUUCUUGUAUAUAAUUGGUUGGUGUAGUUAUGGGUGAAACACUUAAUGGAAGAGGAAAAUUCAUUUAUAUCCAUUGUAGAUAUGAUCAGUUAAUACUAAAGAGGAACAAGUACUUGAAAAGAUUCUUGCUUGAAGUUAUUCCUGACUGGUUUUAUUCUUAUAACUGUGUGCAUAGUCAAAAAAUUGCUAUUUUUAAGUACUCUAAAUUUUUAUAUCUCUAACGCAAGAUACUUGAGGAGUAAGAAAGAAAAAGAUUUAUUCCUAAUCCAGUCAAUCCUCAGAUAAAUCAAACCAAUCGUUUUAACAAUUCUAGUGCUAUAAAUACCUCCCUUAACAUUUCCUAUCAAUCAUCUGCUGUUCCUAAUACGAGUAGUAUACCUCUGAACAGUUUAUUCUGA